UAUUAGAAAAGAGAGAGAACUUACACAACAGUUUCAUGAAGCCAAGAGGUUUAGCGUGAGAAGUGUUGUGGUUUUAAUUUUAGUGAAAAAACUCAAAACCGUCGUCUUAGCCGCAUGUCGAACUCCGGCGACGCAAAUGUAACCACAGAAGAGCAAGAAGCAGAGGCUGAGCAGCAAUCGGAAGAAUGGGAGACGAUGGCACGAGCGUGGCUCUGCUCCUUCCCGGAGCCCAAGGAGGUGAGCAUGGCCGAAGUCGAAGCCUGGAUCGACUCCAACCUCGCCUCCCUCCCCGAAGGCCUCCGAUCCAUGCCCCGCCCCGAUCUCUGCCACAGACUCAUCUCCUUUCAGAAUUGCAUGAGACUCCCCAAUCAGGAAAGGGAAGUGAAUCAGCUCGAUCUUCCGCACGCACGAUUUCAGCGCACCGAUCAGUGGAUUCCGGUUUAUUCGUGGUUGGAGACUCUGGACAAGGAAGAUGUGGUUAAAUCCAAGGAGAUUUCUGACUGGUUAACUGAUAACCCUAAGGUCCAAGAACAGUUGUGCUCGCGGCACUCGCGAUAUCAUUUGAUGCACUACAUCAAGAAAUGCCAUCUCAAGAUACUAAAAAGAAGGGAAAAGAAAAAGGGUGUAGAACAGCCUGAUAAAGACUCAUCAUUGAAGGUUCAGAAGGAUGUGGCAAUGAAGCACCCAGCCCCACCUCCAUGUGUGCUUUUAUUCAUCCUACCUCUAAAUUGUAGUUCUGUAAGUAAUCUGCCCAAAGAUAGCGAUUUGUUCUUGGCCAAAAGAAAUGAAGCCUAUCGUAAAUAUGAGAUUCUACUGGAGUUGGAGAAGCUACUUACCCCAGUAUUCAAGAAGCAACCUAGCGUAAAUCAGUGAGUGUUGGAAACAUCAAUUGUUGUGUCUUCAGAUAAUGACUGGGAACUCCCUGAUGUGGCUCCAGGGGUACCCUAUUGCUAAUUUGUUUACAAGUGUUUACCUUGGAAGGUAACUAUUCUCUUCACAGGGAAUGAUAGAUCAUUAGUGUUUAUCUAUGUAGAAAGUAGUGUAGUAGAAAUCGUCUGACCAUUGACCAUUACAUCAGCUUCUGAAAUGAUGAAUUUAAGCUAGUCUAAGUUUACUGUGAGUAAUUAAACAUUUCAUGAUAUAUCCUGUAAAGUGAUGAAUUAAUGCCGC